AUAACAUAAUAUGGAAGAAUAUGCUAAUGAGGGAGGAAAUCAGGGGAAAAUUAUGACUGAGGUUUCGGAAUUGGUGACUAGGAGAAGAGUCAGAGAAGAGGUGUUGAAGGAAUUGGAGGAGAAUAAGGGGGCUGAGAAAUUUUUAAAGGAGUGCAAAAGAUCAGCACUUAAAGAUGUAGAAACUUUGGAAAAAUCAAUAAAUCAGGAUGUUAAAGCCCUAGGUUUGGCUUUGCUAAACUCAAAGGCAAAAUAAAAUCUAUGAUCCUGAAAAUUUCUUUGACCCAGAAUCAUCAAUGGUGAUAAAUCUAAAAGACAAUAAUGAAUCAAAAUUUAUGGACUGAGUACAGUCUCUCAAGAUUCCAUAUCUUCGGAAGAUCGAACUUUCCUACAUACUAAAAUGAAAGAAGAGAUUUAAAAAGUUAUGUGAUAGUUCCUUCACAUGGAGGAUAGGGAAGACUUACCUCAGCAAUGGAGGAACUGCAAUCAAGGCAGUGAAAAAAUUAAAGAUAAAAAAGAUUUCUAAAGAGUUAAGUCAAAUUCUCCCAAAAAUUCUACAUCAUGUUACAUUCUCUUGCUUUGAUAUCGACCAGAAGCAACUUUUAAGAGUAUUUUCUCUUUGAAGGGAUAAGAGGAAUCUGAUAUUUAAGAGCUGUAAAUUACACCUUGGCAUUGUACCUGAGUUAUCAAAAGCUUUGGAUCGUUGCAAGAUUAGUAUUCUGGGCUUUACUAAUUGAGGGCAUCCCAUGCUUACCGAUUGGGUUAAUGAACCACAGUUAUUUGAUAACUUAAUAAAAGGCUUAUCAAAAUCUGAAGAUCUCUGUAAAAGCCUGACCAGUAUUUGCUUGGAAAGAAACCCUCCUCCGAUUUCAGACAUCACAAAAAUCCUCAAAAAGUACCAUCUCUCACACAUAAAUUUCUCAACUUAGCCACUGUGUCCUUUCAA